UAUUUAUCUUUCUCUCUCUCGCUCUCUCUCUCUCUCUCUCUCCCCUCCGUUCUCCUUUUAUUCUCUUCCUCUCUUUUUCGAGGGGACGAAGGAUCGACGCGAGAGUAGAGGAAGAAGAAGAAGAAGAAGAAGAAGAAGAAGAAGAGAAGCAGAAUAAUAAUAAGAAGAAGAGGAACGGUCCGUCCUCGAUGUCACCCCGGCGACCAUUCUUGUCGAUCUCGAGGACGGCCGUGUUGUUACCAUCGAAGAGAGCUGCUACUUACCGCGUCGUUUCACGUCGUCUGCCGAUGAGGAAAGCGUGAGCGACGAAUCGUGGACGAGAUCGAACUACGACGACGAGGACGACGAGGACGACGACGAGGACGAGGACGAAGAGGAGCUGAUCGAGGUCGCCCCGACGUUUCUGUCGGCGUCUCUUGAGUGGAAGUAAAGCAGCUCGAGAAGUAAGGGGAAGAAAGAGAGAAAAAAAGAGAGAGAGAGGGAGAGAGAGAGAGAGAGAGAGAGAAAGAAAAUGUCCACGCAUUAUCCACAAGGAUAUCGGUAUCGUUCGCCGACGAAGGCUACGAGUGGCGAGCAAGGAUCGGAUAGCGACGUGGCCGAGCUGAGUGACCUGGAGGACGACGAGGACGAGGAUGGAGCUCCUGCGACGAGCGAACGUCGACCGGUCGUUGGCCGGGAAACGAACGAUCUAGAGGAUGCUGAAAUCGACGAACGUUUACGUAGAAUCAACGAAGAUCGUCGAAUACAUGAAAUGGAUGAUGACGAGGAGGAGGAGGAGGAGGAGGAGGAGGACGAUGAAGAAGACGAGGAUGAAGAUGAGGACGACGAGGAGGACGAUGAUGAUGAUGAUGAUGAUGAUGAUGAUGAUGAUGACGAUGACGAUGAUGACGAUGACGACGAUGAUGAUGAUGAUGAUGAUGAUGAUGAUGAAGACGGUGAAGAACUACCCUAUCCAGGUUUUGUGCCCGUUGCUCUGCGUUACCUCGACCAGACUACACGACCGCGCAACUGGUGUCUCGCGCUCAUCACCAACCCGUGGUUCGAAAGAGUCAGCAUGAUGGUGAUUCUUCUCAACUGCAUUACGCUAGGAAUGUAUCAGCCUUGCGUGGACGACCAAUGCGUGACGAAUAGGUGCAAAAUAUUACAGAUGUUCGACGACAUAAUCUUCGCCUUCUUCUCCUUGGAAAUGACGAUAAAAAUGGUGGCAAUGGGUAUAUACGGUAAAGGGACUUAUCUCGCUGACUCCUGGAAUAGAUUAGACUUCUUUAUAGUAGCAGCCGGCGCACUAGAAUACUGCCUUAACGUGGAGAACAUGAAUCUAUCGGCGAUACGGACGAUAAGGGUUUUAAGGCCGUUACGAGCUAUCAACAGAAUACCGAGUAUGCGAAUUCUUGUGAUGCUGCUACUCGACACUCUUCCCAUGCUAGGCAACGUCCUACUCUUGUGCUUCUUCGUAUUUUUCAUAUUCGGUAUCGUCGGUGUCCAACUCUGGGAGGGAAUUCUACGUCAACGUUGCUUCCUCAAGGCUCUUCCCAACGUCAAGUACCCCGAGUUACUCUCGGACGAGUACUCGGUUCGAUCACGCAUUUACGACCUGGAGAAGUACUUCGAGUAUCAGGGUCAGGACUACAUUUGUUCCCGUCCCGACGACAGCGGUAUGCACUCUUGCAGCAACUUGCCGCCACUAAAGUUCGGAAAUCUGGUCUGCAAUAAUACAGCAUUACCGAACAACAAUGCGACGAUUAUCAGCAACGAGACCUGCGUUAACUGGAAUUACUAUUAUACCGAGUGCAAGGGUCAGGGCAAUAAUCCUUUCCAAGGGACUAUUUCGUUCGAUAAUAUUGGCUUGGCCUGGGUGGCCAUAUUUCUCGUGAUCAGUCUGGAAGGAUGGACGGAUAUUAUGUACUACGUCCAGGAUGCUCAUUCUUUUUGGGAUUGGAUAUAUUUUGUCCUUUUGAUCGUCAUCGGCUCCUUUUUUAUGAUCAAUCUUUGCCUGGUCGUGAUAGCAACGCAAUUUUCCGAGACGAAAAAACGGGAGAUGGAAAGAAUGAGAUUAGAACGCGCUCGAUUUCAUUCGACUUCGACUCUGGCUUCGUCUACGAAUACAUCCGAACCAACUACCUGUUACGCCGAAAUUGUCAAAUAUAUUGCACAUCUUUGGAGAAGAGGUAAAAGAAGACUGAUGAAGAGGUACAGAUUAUGGAAAUACAGAAGGCAGCAGAAACGCGAGCAAAAUUUGCUUAAGGAACAACAACAAGGUCAGCCGUUCCGGUCGGCUCCCAGUGGAGCAGGCUCAAACAGAGCAGCACCCGGUGACAAAAAAAUUCAUCACGGAAGAUGCCCUAGACUGUUGGCAGCGUUAGAGUAUGCGGAACAGCAACAGCAUCAACAGCAACAACAGCAACAGCAAUCAUCCGGUAUCUGUGGUAGUGGAUCUAACGGAGAGUUUGCUACGAAUGGACCAGCAUCGCAGCCUGGAAUUACCACUGGCGUUUCCAGCAAUGGGGCUGGUAAUGGAAACAUGGGUAUUGCACCACGAGCGAGUCCUGAAGUUUCCGAGGCUGAAAUGUCAAGCAAUUCGUACAAUCGGCCGGGAUUAUAUCGUGCCGCUUCAGUUUCCUGUAACGGCAGCGACAAUAUCAUUUCAAAUGCUACCGACACGAAUAACGCGUUGCUGAGCCCACCGUGUACUCACUACCGACGAAGGAGCAGCGUUAUGUUCAGCGACGUGGUUUUGCUACACGGUAGCAAUAGCGUUGGGAACACGAUGCAAUCUGGUCCCACGGUCGCUCCUACUGAGCGUAACGUUUGUUCGAGUGAAAAAAUGACGCAAACCGGUGACGGCAAUGUUUGGUCUAGCCCGCUGUCCGACCAUACACAGCAGAUGCAAGUUGAGUUGGGUACGAAGGAAGCAAUGACGUGUCAAGAAUUACUGGCACUCAGUGGAGCACUCAGCGCUGCCUUGCCAACCGGUCAAUUGGCUUUAGAUUCUUUUUUAAAUUCACUUACUAAAGGUAUCACCGAACGACAUAUUAUUUUGGAGGAUCGUUCACAGUGGUUGUCUUCCGAUUUGGAAAAUUGUUCUUGUUGCUGCGACGCCCAAAGCGGUCUCGAUCAGUGGCCGGAUAACGGUGAAAGAUGGCGAAAAUCCUCGAGAACUCGUAGGUUCUUCAGAACUAUCGGAAAUCGUUGCAUCUGCGGAUUACGUUGUAUAAGACGUUGGAUCAAGAAACUCGUCGAGCACAAGUAUUUUCAACAGGGUAUACUCUUGGCAAUUCUCAUAAAUACAUUGAGCAUGGGUAUCGAGUAUCAUAAUCAGCCGGAGCAAUUGACCGUGCUCGUCGAGAUAAGCAACAUCGUUUUCUCUGCCAUCUUCGCCGUUGAGAUGCUACUUAAGGUAAUAGCUGAGGGUCCGUUUGGCUACAUCAGCAACGGUUUCAAUGUUUUCGACGGCAUCGUCGUGAUCCUUAGCAUCAUUGAGCUAUUCCAAUCGUUCGUGGAGGAACGAGGUGGAAGUUCCGGUCUGAGCGUCCUUAGAACCUUCCGUUUGCUGAGGAUUUUGAAGUUGGUCCGUUUCCUGCCAAAUUUGAGACGUCAACUUUUCGUCAUGCUACGCACCAUGGAUAACGUUGCCGUAUUCUUUUCCCUUUUAGUACUUUUCAUCUUUAUAUUCAGUAUUCUCGGGAUGAACCUGUUUGGUUGCAAAUUCUGUGAAACGAUGAAAGGCAGCUCUGACGUCGAGUGUGAUAGGAAAAACUUUGACUCGUUACUCUGGGCUAUUGUGACGGUGUUUCAGAUAUUAACGCAAGAAGAUUGGAACGUGGUGCUUUUCAAUGGUAUGCAGAAAACAUCUCACUGGGCUGCCCUCUACUUCGUAGCUCUGAUGACAUUUGGAAAUUACGUACUGUUCAAUCUUCUAGUCGCCAUUCUCGUGGAAGGUUUCUCAUCCGAGAGAAACGAAAGGAGAGAACGAGAACAAAGAGAGAUGGCCAAGUUGGCAGCAAAAGAAGCAGGAAUGGGUAGCGAGGAAGGAUCUUCAAGGGUUUCGAGAUCUCAUUCGAUUACCGACAGCGACACGUAUACACAGGAACGAAAAAAUUCUUGGCAAAGUGCGGAGGAGCUUAGAAAAUACAAGGACAACAGUUGUAGGGAAAAACAGAACAGCAGUUGGAGGCAACGUAUAGACGAGCCAAAGUGCAACAUUCAAAAGGAAAACAAAAUGAUGAGUGGCGUUGGUCAACCACCGAUAAUCACACAUACAGCAGCCACUCCUCAAGACUCGCCAAACACAACACUCGACGUUGGUUACAGAGACCUUAAUUAUCGUGCGGUUUUUCCACCGGCUGCCACCCUUUCCUUUGAGUCUAUCGACCGGACCGGUAGUCAAUGUAGUAUACCAUCAGGAUUAUUAAAGUUACCAGACAAUGGUGGUAGCAAGUUUUCAACGAACAAUUUGAUGGCCGGACAAUUUCCCAGACGAAUAAGCCUAGUAACCGCGGUGGUAAAUCCUUCCUCGAGAGAAUUCUCAAACUCCAGUCCACCGAGAAUACAUAGAGGAUACUCUUGGCGUUUGUCUCGGCCAUCUUUGCGAAGAAAACGUUGGUCCCAAAGCGACGAGGAACAAGCCAGUCGAACGAUCGUUUUGAACAAUGGCAGAAGUGCCUUUGGCGGUUCCAAUUACACCUUCAACGGUGGUUAUUUGCAUGGCUCGAUAAGAAACGACACGCAAUGCGACGCGCCCAAUAAUCGAACGACCGUCCUAACGAGCAAUAAUCGCAGCCUCAGCCCCAACAAUUCCAUCGAAAGCCGCGGCUCAUCGAUGCGCCGUUAUACGGCCACGCCUAACCAGAUGCGAUGGAUCGGGGAACUCUCGCGAAGAAAUUCUUUAAGGGGAUACGAAAACGUUCAUGGUACGGGUAGAAAGAGCAUGGUGUCGGAUGAUAUGCCGGCACCAUGCUCGACGCCUCGUACGAUAAACAAUUUGUCGAUGGAAACCGGAACACUGCCGAGAAUAAAGCCUCUUCCGGAUCAGGAUGACGAUCAUUCGCGUACUGACGAUCAAACACCUCCUUCAAAUGGCCACGGUAGCGCCAGCAGCGUUGAAAGGAUCAAGAAAAUUUUUAUGUUCUUCGAACCGAAGGGUUGUCUCAAGGAACGCGACGAUUAUGCGCUUUAUAUAUUUUCGCCUAACAACAGAUUUCGUGCAUUCUGCCGUUGGUUCGUCGAUCAAAAAUGGUUCGACAAUGCGGUACUAUUCUUUAUCGGUUUGAACUGCAUCACCUUAGCGAUGGAAAGACCAAAUAUACCCUCGCACAGUCGUGAGAGAUUAUUCCUCUUGACUGCCAAUUAUAUCUUCACCGCAGUAUUUGCCGUAGAAAUGUUUAUCAAGGUCGUAGCAACGGGGAUGCUUUAUGGUUCGGACGCUUAUUUCACGUCAGGCUGGAAUAUCAUGGAUGGAUCCUUAGUUAUAAUAUCAAUCGUCGAUUUAAUGAUGUCAUUAAUUUCUUCCAGUAGUCCAAGAAUAUUUGGUAUCUUAAGGGUAUUUCGUUUGUUGAGAUCGUUGAGGCCAUUGCGAGUAAUCAAUCGCGCUCCUGGAUUAAAGUUGGUCGUCCAAACUUUAUUGUCAUCUUUACGACCGAUCGGCAAUAUCGUUCUGAUAUGUUGCACCUUUUUCGUGAUAUUCGGAAUUUUGGGUGUUCAACUGUUCAAGGGUGCGUUUUUUUAUUGCGACGGUCCCGAUAUCAAAAAUGUUCGCAAUAAAACAGAUUGUCUUGCGGAUAAGCGUAACGUAUGGCUCAACAGGAAAUAUAAUUUUGAUGAUCUCGGGAAGGCGCUUAUGUCUUUGUUCGUUUUGUCAUCCCGAGAUGGUUGGGUCAACAUCAUGUAUACCGGAUUGGAUGCGGUUGGUGUGGAUCAACAGCCGAUCGAGAAUUAUUCGGAAUGGCGUUUAUUAUAUUUUAUCGCGUUCAUACUUCUGGUUGGAUUCUUCGUUCUGAACAUGUUCGUCGGUGUCGUCGUUGAGAACUUUCAUAGAUGUCGAGAGGAACAAGAAAAAGAGGAACGUGUUAGAAGGGCCAUGAAAAGGGCUCAACAAAUGGAAAAGAAACGACGAAAAAUGCACGAGCCACCUUAUUACACGAAUUAUUCAAAAACACGACUUUUCAUUCACAACGUCGUAACUUCGAAAUAUUUCGAUUUGGCAAUAGCUGCUGUAAUCGGUUUGAACGUUGUAACAAUGGCAAUGGAAUUUUACAUGAUGCCAAAAGCGCUAACUUACGCUCUUAAAAUAUUCAAUUACUUUUUCACCGCCGUUUUCAUCCUGGAAUCGCUCAUGAAAUUGUUGGCACUUGGUAUACAUCUUUAUUUGAAGGACAAAUGGAACCAAUUGGACGUAGGGAUCGUUAUAUUAUCAGUAGUCGGCAUCGUUUUGGAAGAAGUUGAAUCAAAGAUUAUACCCAUCAAUCCGACCAUCAUUCGCGUUAUGCGAGUAUUACGUAUAGCCAGAGUUUUAAAACUGUUAAAAAUGGCCAAAGGUAUACGCGCCCUCUUGGACACGGUAAUGCAGGCGUUACCGCAAGUUGGCAACUUGGGUUUGCUAUUUUUCUUACUGUUCUUUAUAUUCGCGGCCCUUGGAGUAGAACUGUUUGGUCGAUUAGAAUGCAGCGACGAAACACCUUGUCAAGGACUCGGUGAACACGCACAUUUCAGUAACUUUGGUAUGGCCUUCCUUACUCUCUUUCGCGUAGCUACAGGUGAUAAUUGGAAUGGAAUAAUGAAGGAUACACUUAGGGACGAUUGCGACGAAGCUACGGAUUGCGUGAAAAAUUGUUGCGUAAGCACGAUCAUCGCGCCUAUAUUUUUCGUCAUUUUUGUACUAAUGGCGCAAUUCGUACUGGUCAAUGUGGUCGUAGCGGUUUUGAUGAAACACCUAGAAGAAAGUCAUAAACAGAUGGAAGAUGAAUUGGAUAUGGAAACGCAAUUGGAAAGAGAAUUGGCCGCGGAACGAGAGGAACUUCUCGAGGUUGAAGAAGAAGAAGAAGAGGGUGGUGGUAUGCUUGAAAGGCGGAUCGUUGGUGAUGAAGUUGAUGAGGACGAUGAAAGAGAAUUCGAUUCGAUAAUAGGAACAAGAGAGAAGAUUAUUAUUAGACCCGGUCUUGCCAAGGUUCGUUCCUUACCGGCCAAUUUCAUUUAUAAUCCGCCAAAGGAAAGAAGUUUCGAUGAUACUUCAGUUUCUGUGGCAAUAAAUGUGAAAGAAAGACGUCGUAGUUCGUGUUUCCGCUCGUAUCCAAGACCGUCCAAGUUUAAAUCGAAGCGCCGUCAGACCUUCCAUUCGAGUAACCAACGAAGGUCUUUGUUACCAAUGCACUUCGAGGUCACCGAGGUCUUUGAGAAACCUGUAUGUAAUUUGAGCGUACCGCGAAUCAUUCCUCAUCGUAUUUACGAGAUGGAAAAUCAGGAAGCUAUACCACAGGAGAGUCAAUAUCUUCGAGUAACGACGAGCAAUAACAAAGAGAACAAGUCGUUCCUUUGCGUGAGCAGACCAAUGGCAAGUUCCUCGCCAGUAACACCGAGUGGUUCAACGUCGACUCUGACCACCGGUCUGAGAUAUCAAAACGAACGUUAUUUGUUACCGACAGCCGAGAUCUAUCCUUCUAAGGCAAGUUUCUCUCGUAGAAUCUCGACCGAUACUCAGUCGCAAUCUGAGAUAAGUGCUAGCGUUGCUACGGGAAGUAGUACGAGAACGGGGAGCAAUGCUAGCGAGUAUACUACUACAAGUAUUCGAACGAAAAAGAUCGAAGGUACUAACGGGGAAAAUAAUACGAGGUUAUCAAAGGAUAAUAAGGACAAGCAACAACAACGGGUGAGUCAAACGGAAGAAGAGGAUCUCGACGUGCAAUCAGUGAUCAACGAAAGAAGGCCGUCCAGGCUGAAAAGUGCAACCUCAUCCGGUACAUCAACGACCGGUACCAGCGAUCAAUGUGCUCAAAUCGUUAGGGUCGAAAGUUUCGCUCAUAUUUAUGCGGCCGAGGAAUUAUUGCCGGACGAGUUACCUGACGAAAGUUCGGCGUUUGAAAAUGUCAGCGAAAGUGGUACGAGCGGAAGUAUCAACGAGAGUGGUACUGUGAGUGGUAGUGAUGUUAGUCGUAGUAUUAGCGGCCUCGUACAGGUGGUAGAGUGUACUACUUGUCCUGCUAUGAGCACGGACGUUAGAAUAUACGUCGAUGAUACGGAUUCUAUCAGCAGCAGCGGACACUUUGGAAGAACUUUUGCUGAGGAUGAUGACGAUGACGAUGAGACGCCUGAUAUAACUAUGUCGAUUUCAGCGCCGAUCGACGAACAAGUAGAAAAAGAUAACGUUGAAAAUGUGAGAGAUGAGACACCACCCUUGGCUGGCCCUUCCGAUCCCUCUUAAUAACUAACAUUGCUGCCGUGAUUUAAUUCGCGACUAGGAAGAAAUACGUAGUAUAAUCGACGGCGUCGAUGAUGGGCUCUAUAAGAAAGACUGUAGUGCAUGACAAUAUAGUCGUUAUAUUCUAGUCACUUUGCCGCCGUUAAAAUGCCAAAGAGAAAUAUGAGAAUAUAGAAGAGGAGGGGGAUAACGGAAACGCGAAUAUGGGUUGGAAAUGAAAAUAAGAGGGAUUAUUAAAAAAAAUGUCUCUUAUUUCAAGAGUUUUUAGAGAAAAUAUUCGUCGUUCGAAUGGUGACCAUUAGAGAUAAUAUAUUAGAUGAGACAAAGAUGUUAUAUUUUCAUCUAGAUCUCGUAACUUGAUUUGAGUUAUCGAACUCGUAUCAUUAUCCGAAGCUAAGAAUAAUACCUAGGGGGGAAGGUAGUAGUCGUUGUUUUUCGGAACUGUUCGAUCAACUUUUCGACUAAUUAUUUUCUCUCUUAAUUUAUUUCCAUUCGAUUCUCCUUGUCUCGUAAUUUUAUUUAACAAGAUUCAUUAUUAUUUUAUCGAGACAAAUCAUCGUUUAUAUUAUCUUUUUUACGUUUAAGACAAUUAACUUUGAUAAUUGAAAAUCAUUGAACAUGAUUGAUCUAUUAUCUCUCUCUUAUACACACAUACACAUAUAUACACACACGUUAGAAUGAUACAUUUAGAGGAAUCGAACGAAAAGUCGAUCGAUCGGCUCGAAUCGAAAUCGGCAACCCUAUCUUUCUUUCCUAAGUACGACGGUAUCUCGUUUAAAGAAAAUUUCCACACGAAGAAAAAAAACUUACACAGUAAAACAAAAAAAGUUAAUGGGGGGCGACAUACACAACACGUAUAACGCACUGAAAACUUAUGACAAUCUCUUAUUGCCAGCGGUAUCGAAACUCAGUUCCCGCUAAUGAAGCGUCAUGGAAGUCAUAUUCGUAGGAAUUGGUAGAUCAAGAAAAAUAAAAAGAAGAAGAAGAAGAAGAAGAUGAUUCUUAAGAUGAAGAAAAGAAUAAGAAGAAUAGUAGAAGAAAAAUAGCAGAAAAUAGAGAAAAAAAGAAAAAAGAAAAAAAAAAGGAAAUGAAGAAAAAUAAUUGAAUAAUAAAUAAAAUUUAGCGAAUUUGGUAGAUAUCUCUUAGGUAGAUUUAAAAAUCGAGUCUACGCGACAAAAAUUACAAUUUAUCGGACCACACUUCCUCGCCUUUCCACAUUUUACUCGCGUUUAUCGCCAUCAGGAGUCGUAGAAUGAAAAUGAAUUAGACGAUUAUUAUUGUUGAACGUGAGUUUAAUUGAAAAUGGAAAAAAAAGAAAAAAUAAAAAACAAACCAAAAAGAAAAAAAAAAAAAAACGAGAAAAAAAAGGAAGACGAUCGCAAUAAAUGUUAUUUCGAAAGGGCGAGUUUUAAUAAUCCAUCUUUCGUUUAGGAAGAAAGAAAGAAAGAAAGAAAAAAAAACAACAAUAAAAAUUGAAAAACUUCUUCGUUGGCUUUUAACUCUCGGCGAAAAAUUUUCGCUCGAUGACACACACACACACACACAUACACACCGUUCGAUCUAGUCAAAUGCGUUUAGAUAUUAAAAAAAAAAAAAACAAAAAAAAACAAAA